CCUGCACAGAACCAGAGGUCUGUGUGCGGGAAGAAGGUAGGAAGCAGCGGGACAGGGGCAAGGAGCAGAAGUUGGGGUGAGACUUUGAGGAGGGAAGGGGAGAAGCGAAUUUUAGCAGGAGAGGGGAGUGAAGCAGGAGGGCUGCCAGUGUAGUGAAGCAGUGAAGCAGGAGGGCUGCCAGUGUAGGACAGGUGAGGGACCCCACAGCUUUGCAGACAAUGUGUCCUGCCAUGCACGGCUAUGUUCUGCUGUCCGUGAUCUGCGUGUUUUGGUCGCCCUGGGUGUGGGGCCAGGAGUUGAAGGAGCGGGAUGCCCUGUGCAGUGAGGAUGGCUGCUUCGUGGUGUACUUCCAGAGAAAGACCUUCCUGGACUCCUGGAGGAGCUGCAAGGAGAAAGGCGGCAACCUGGCCACGGUGAAGCGGCAUGAGGACGCGGAUCUCAUCGGCAAGCUCUUCUCCAGCGUGGAGCCGCGGGGGCCCCGCAGUCGGGUGCGGCUGUGGAUCGGGCUCCAGAGGCAGCCGCGCCAGUGCUCGGCCGCCAGGCCACUGCGUGGCUUCACGUGGGUCACCGGUGACCAGGACACCAGGUACACCAACUGGCUCCGGGACGACUCGGCUAGCACCUGCACAGCGCCCCGGUGCGUGGUGAUGAUUCACGACGCCGAAAAUGCCAACCACAGAGACAACCUCAAGUGGCUGGAUGGCUCAUGCUCCCUCCCUGUGGAGGGCUUCCUCUGCCGCUAUACCUACAAAGGCAUGUGCCGGGCCAUGCCAAAUGAGGGCGGGGGGGCGGCCCGCUACACCACGCCCUUUAACCUGCACACCUCUCUCCUCAGCUACCUGCCGUUUGGCACUGUGGCUACUGUACCCUGUCCGGAUGGGACUAAGGGCGACCAGUCAGUGCUGUGCAUGCUCAGGGAGGACGAGCAGGUCGGCUGGUCCAGAGAUGCGCCGCUGUGCUCUGACACGCCCACAAACUGGUGUGAGGAGGACAACGGCGGCUGCGAUCACUACUGCAUCAAUGCAGAGACUCACUACUACUGCGAGUGCUCGGAUGGCUUCCUCCUGGACAAGGAUGGUCAGAGUUGUGUGGAAGUAGACAGUUGCCUCGGAGUCCCUUGUGAGUUCGAAUGCCAGCCCACUAUCAGGGGCUACCUCUGCACGUGUCCAGAAGGCUACCUGUUAGCUCCCGAUGGCCAUGACUGCCUGGACAUAGACGAAUGUCUGCAGAGCCCAUGUCCCCAGCUGUGCAUCAAUGCACCGGGGACCUUUGAGUGCCGCUGCAGUGAAGGAUACCAGGCGGACGCGGGGGGGGACUGCCUGGAUGUGGACGAGUGCCUGGAGGACCACUGCGCGCACAGCUGUGAGAACUCGCCCGGUUCCUUCAGCUGCCACUGCCGCCUGGGUUACUCCCCCGUGCCGGAGGAUCCCAGCCGCUGCCAGGACACAGACGAGUGCCGGAUCCCCGGUACCUGUCAUCAGAUGUGUGUUAACUACGAGGGCGGCUUUGAAUGCCACUGUGAGGAGGGCAGCGAGCUCCAGCCUGAUGGCUAUUCCUGCAUGCCCGUCCAAGCUGCCACCAUUCCAUAUCCAAGUAUGACCAGCUUCCCAGGAACCCCCUGGGUGCCCCGGAUCCCUGACUUUUGGGUGCCUCAGCUUCCAGACUGGCUGACUGACAGUACCUCCCUCGACUGGCUGACAGAGGCUCCCAGCCUUGAGCAGCUACUGACUGACCUAACACAACUGACGGAUACACCAUCAGCAAGGCCUACAGACGGACGUAACCAUGGACGGGCUGUUCCUGAUUUGACGGGAGAGACCAGAAUAGCCUCCUUAGGGCCGACGGCCGCACCUGAUUGGUCCGAGGAAGAAAGUACCACAAGUUCACCUGACACACCAGUCUGGAUCGAGGAGGAGGGCACAAGAAUGCCAUCGGCAGCCUCCACAUCACCAUCGGCAUGGAGUGCGUGGCAAUGGUGGUGGAGUUCAACUUCAGGAGCCUUAGAAGAUUACCUUGGACAGGAGGGUGACCUAAGAUCCAGUGGAGCUGAAUCUGGGAAAAGGGCCACAACACCUUUUAGUGUCUCAACGACUUCCCCCAAGUCCAAAGCGGGAGUCGCCGCAGAGCGACACACGCCUCCCCUUUCCUUCACUCCCCACAGCCCCUCCACUCCAGCACCGGGGCAGUCAGGGAGCGAGGGCAAGCAGCGGCAGGACAGGAGCUGGCUGGUGGUGGCUCUACUGGUGCCGCUCUCCAUCUUCGUGGUGAUCAUGCUGGCCCUGGGCAUAGUGUACUGCACCCGCUGUGCAGUGCAGCCGCGCAGCGAGAGCGCCGCCGACUGCUACCGCUGGAUUACCAAUUCCGGGCCGGACACCUCCAGCGCUGCCAAGUCCCGCGUGUAGCCCGGGGAGGGGGGGGGUCUGUGCUCGUGCACUAACUGAAUCAGUGACAGGGGGAAGGCAGGUAUCCCCUUCUCAUCCUGCUGUUUCUGCUACUAUCAAAACAUGGGAACUUUCUGUACAUUAAGUGCCUUCUGCAGAUGCCUGAUGCUUCCGGAAGAUCUCAUUCCCCAGUGGUGCUAACUUGGAAUGUUUGGAAUUUCUCCUUUAAGGUUAUUAAAGAAAAUGAGGUGAAGUGUAUUGUAAGAAAUGGGAGGCGGGGGGGGGGGGGGGGGGGCAGAAAUCUGUGUAUGUGUAUAUUGUGGGUCGCGUUUAUGGUUACGGCUUAUUUCCUUAGAAAGGCGGGUGGAUCGCAGAUGCGCUAAAUUAGAUCAGACGCUAAUGGCACGGAGCUGUGAAGCUGAAGUGUAUGUGAACGCAGCCUGGCUUUGGAAAUCGAUGCCUGUAAAAACAUCUAUUUAGAUUUAUGUUUGACUUCACAUGCGCACAUAUUACGAAGAGCAAGGCAUUGGCCACAUAUGUAUUUGUGUGGCUGCACUGUUUGUGAAUGUUUUGAAGUUGGAUUUGCGGUUAGUUUGCUAUGGAUCGCGUGGUUCCGGAGUUAUUAACUCAAGCCUCGGUCUUGAAAGCACAGGAAUCGUAAAUUAAAGCCUUACGCUCCGCCAUUGAAACAAAGGCAUGAAGAAGCGAGCUUCCUGGCCGGCAAACGUCUACAUGCUGAAGCUGACAGCUUUAAUUUUGCAGCUGAAGAGGCAGAAAGAUCCAGCUGCAGCAAGAGAAUCAUAAAUGCAUUGCACUGAUCUGAGUUCAGAUCCAAGUCCUUCAUAGGCAUCGAAGCCAGCAGUGUUUUCCAUUGACCUAUUCGUCAAUCGAGAAGCAGCAUGAAAAAUUGGAACCUGAAAUUUUAAUAUGUCUUCCUAUGAUUAGUGACUCAGGUCUGGACCUAUUGAGUCACAUGAUUAUCUAACACAGCUUCUCCCAAUCUUUUUUGAUCUUUUGCCAUGCUAUAGCGCCCCCUAGCACCUUUUUAGUGACACACUUAUAGGCACCAAAUAUGCAGGAACUGGAGCAAAAUUUUUUGCUGCGGCAUAAAUUGUACUGUGACACUGAACAGCCCUCUCUAGUACAGCAGAAAGAAUGUGAAAAGCGCAGAAUUUGUUUGGCUGUUUGUGGGGUGUGUGAUGCCAUGGAGCUCUGCAGCCUGACUUAGAUCAUUUUUGUCACAAGUUUAAUUGGACAUCAUGUCAUGCGAGUGUUUGAUUUACACUUCAGUUGGCCGUGCUGGGCUACAGCCCGGAUCGCCUGGUGAAGCAGAAGGAUGGAACCCUUCUGUCAGGCCCGAUUAUGUCCGUCUCAAGUCGUGCUCUCAGGAAAUGCUGAUCCCAUUUACUGUAUGCAGCCCAAAAAUGCGGGGGUCAGCAGACAGCGGUCCUUUGGAGGAGUGAUGGAUGAAGUGUGGAUGGAGGCGGGAAGGGUGAGAACAGGGGGGGCUUGGGGUGGGGGUGUGGCGUUCCAGACCCCACAGGACCACAGCCCUCCGAGACGCAUUUCUGCUGGCCCUACAAAGUGGUUGCACCACCUGAUCCAGGUCGUCCUUCUCAGCCUGUUUAGAUCUUCACUCUGGAGGCGUUUUCCAAAGGCUCUGGCUCUGCUUUCUGUCACACCUCAGAUCCGAGCACUUCUUGCCAGAAUAUCUGGGUGGGCUUUGCCUCCCCAAAAACUCCAUACGCAUUCCGGUGAUUUCUCUCUGUUACGUCUCUCAGCAGUGACAUGACUUGGGUCAACGUGUAUGAACACAAAUCAGCGACAUUUACUGUUCAAAUUCACUUGCAACAUUACUUCUAAUAAACUUGUCAAACUUGACAAAGAAUGAAUCGUACCGCCUGCACUAGAGAUUUAUUUCAAAUAAAAACAUCUUUUCUGCUA